CAAACUCGACAUUUCACAUCUCACCACUCCUCCUUCAAUCAGACCGCAAGAACCAGACUCCGCAGCCAUCACCAGCUCGUCACCACUCGUCCAAUAAAAAUUAAAAAGAGAGAAAAGCGAUAACCAUCAUAAAUCCACCCAAAACCCUUCCCACCACCCAACGCAGCCAGCAACAAUUUUUUAAAAAAAUCUUUGAAAAUCCCUCUUUUUUUCUCGACAUCGAUUGAAACUGCUAGAGGGAAAAGAUAAAAUGCCUCCAAAGCAAUCAAAAGCCGAUUUGGCGAAGAAGCAAAAGAUCGUUGAAGAUAAAACGUUUGGUCUGAAAAACAAGAGCAAGAGCAAAAACGUUCAAAAAUAUGUCCAAAAUCUUCAACAAGCCGUCCAGCCCAAACUAGACCCUAGUAAAAUCGCCGCCAAGAAAAAGAAAGAGGAAGAGAAAGCAAGAGAAAAGGAGCUGAAUGAUCUGUUCAAAGUUGCUGUUAGUCAGCCCAAAGUGCCAGUCGGUGUCGAUCCCAAGUCUAUACUAUGUGAAUUUUUCAAGGCAGGGCAGUGUGCUAAAGGUUUCAAAUGUAAGUUUUCGCAUGAUUUGAAUGUUCAGAGAAAGGGUGAAAAGAUUGAUAUUUACAGCGAUAAGCGUGAUGAAGACACUAUGGAGGAUUGGGAUCAAGAGACUCUGGAGAAGGUUGUGGAGUCGAAGAAGACUGAAUAUAACCAGAAUAAACCGACUGAUAUCGUUUGCAAGUACUUUCUGGAAGUAGUGGAGAAGAAACAAUAUGGCUGGUUUUGGUCUUGCCCAAAUGGUGGUAAAGACUGCCACUACAGACAUGCUCUUCCUCCAGGAUAUGUUUUAAAAUCUCAAAUGAAGGCACUUCUAGAAGAAGAGGCAGACAAAAUUCCUAUUGAAGAAGAGAUUGAAAAUCAGCGUGCAAAAUUAACGGCCUCAACUCCAAUGACUCCUGAGCUGUUUACACAAUGGAAGAUGAAGAAGGCGGAAGAAAGAGAGGCUGGCUUGGCCGCAAAACGAGCAGAAAGAGCUAAGAAUGAUAGGAUGAGUGGCCGGGAGCUGUUCCUCUCUGAUUCAAGUGUAUUUGUGGAUGAUGCUGAGGCAUAUGAAAAUUACCAGAGGGGAGAAGAACUUGUGGUUACUGAAGAGAAGUCCAAGGUCAAUUCAGCAGCAGUGCCAAGCACAUCGACAGGGGCAGUUGCUGAUACAGAAGAGGACCUACCUGACGAGGAUGAAGAUGAUGACGAGCUGGAUAUGGAUGAGCUAAAUGAGCUUGAAGCUAGCUUGUCAAAAACAUCUGUUCAAACCCAUGGGCCAGGUAUUAAGGCGUCAUCUUGAGAGAGAGAGAGAGAGAGGUGAUGAUGAAAAUGUCAAUUUACUACCAAGUGACUAAUGUGAGAAUACCAAAUUUACCAAUGUCACUGGAACUGAUCCGCAUUUCAAGUUGGGACAUUUUUCUGCAAAUUUACCGAAGCCGAUGGAAAUGAUAAGUAGGGGCAUUUUUCUGUUA